CUACCAGCAACAACAUAGUUCAACAUUAUUUUUAUUUUCGUGUAAUUUGUGCGGGUUUGAAUGUGAAUAUUUAAAAUUCUUUCGAUUAAAAUUGCUAAUCAAGCAGAAUGGAGGAAGUGCACCAGCCACAACCGGUUCAUCUCGCGGCACUUGAGUCGCAUUUUGGCCAUUCCAACUUUCGGCCAAUGCAGUGGACCAUCAUACGCUCCAUCAUCGAGGACCGCCGCGACAACUGUGUGAUUAUGGCCACCGGGUAUGGUAAAUCCUUGACCUAUCAGUAUCCGUCAGUUUUCCUUCAGCGAUUGACGGUUGUCAUUUCACCGUUGAUAAGCUUGAUGGAGGAUCAGGUUCUGUCGUUGAAUUUGAGUAACAUUCCAUCCUGUUUGUUGGGAUCGGCCCAGCGAGCUAAUCCAAUUCCGGAUAUUAAGGCCGGUAAGUUUCGAGUGGUGUAUCUUACGCCAGAGUACGUCACGGGUGAAGUAGGUAAGCAGCUACUGGAGAAUGUUGCCGAUCAGCUGGUUUUGAUUGCAAUCGAUGAGGCACAUUGCUUGAGCAAGUGGGGACAUGAUUUUCGGCCGGCUUACCGCAACCUUGGGGUUAUUCGGAGGUGGUGUCCAAAAGUGCCGAUUUUAGCAGUUACAGCCACAGCAACCCCAAACGUCCGGGAGGAUAUAGUGGCCAGUUUGGGACUAAGAAAUCCACAAAUUUUGUGUACCGGAUUCGAUCGACCAAAUUUGCAGUUUCACGUAAAGAUGAAGGGUACGCUGGGAAUUUGGGAGGAUGUGAAGGGGCUACUCAGCCGAAACAGUGAGGGCAGCAUCAUAAUCUACUGCCUGACUCGGAAGCAGACGGAAGAGAUUGUAGAGUUGCUCAGAAGCAAAAAAAUCGAGUGUGAACCGUAUCAUGCAGGACUUGGUCUGAAGCAGAGAAGAGACGUUCAUGAGAGCUUCGUGAGAGAUCGUGUUCAAAUCAUUGUGGCUACGAUUGCAUUCGGGAUGGGGAUAGAUAAACCAGACGUCCGACUAGUAGUUCAUUAUGGAGCUUCGAAGGAUUUGGAAAGCUACUAUCAGGAAGCUGGUCGAGCUGGGCGAGAUGGACAACCAUCAAAGUGUGUUAUGUUCUGGAGCCGCGCCGAUUUUAAGACGCAUGAAAUUCUUCGAGAGCACAAUAAUGGUGGAGUUCAGAAGAAUCUCGAAGUGCUGUCGAAAAAGAUGCACGAGUAUCUGGACACGAGAGAUUGCAGGAGAAAGUUUAUUCUGAAGUACUUCGAAGGCGAUGAUGUAAAGGUGGAUGCGCGUAAGAAUUGCUGUGACAACUGCGAUCGGAUUGUAGGAGGCGUCAAAGAUAGCGACAAAUAUGAAGGAAUCGAUGAUAACGGAAACUAUGAUUUUAGCAAGGACACUGAACAGUUGCUCAAGGCAGUGGAAGCUUUUGGUGGAGGAACGGGUAUAGCGCUGCCGAUAGCAUUGCUGCGAGGGUCGAAAAGUAAGAAGCUUAACGACUAUCAUUUGAGAAAUCCUCUUCAUGGAGUUGGAAAAUCCAAGGACGAAGAAUGGUGGAAGGCUCUUGCAGUGCUAUUGGAGAGGGAAGGGUUUCUGGAGAAAAUUAAAUUGCCAAAUACAUUCAACAAAUUUGCUGUAAUUUUCAAGAUUAAAGUGACAACUUUGGCGAACAAAUGGCUCGCAACACCAAAUAGGAAGCUGCUGAUGAAACCUACAACGGAAAUGUUCAAGUCAAUACGAUUGGUUCGAAAUCAGUCCCUUUAUGACACUAGUGUAGGUUUCCAAACACAACACAACACCAUUCAGACACUUCUGCAGGCUCCUGGCAGUUCUCGGUUGUUGGAGCCCGUUGUCCAAAGGCAAGACCUUGUUCGGGAUCUUGUAAAAACACUCCUCAAAAAGCGAUCCGAGUUGGCAACCGCCUAUGAAUGUAUGCCGUACAUGAUUGCCUCUAAUCAAGCAUUACAUCAAAUGGCCACCGUCAGACCACUAAACCUGGAAGAGAUGAAGUGUGCCAAACUGGACGGGUUCUCUGAUAUAAAGAUACAAAAGUUUGGAAAGGAAUUCCUGGCUUGUAUUCAACAGAAGCUUAAAUUUCUUCCCGAAGCAAGUAGCAGCCAGGGUCAACCGAAGACAGCCCAACAAGCUCUGCAACAGCAUCCUCUCAUCAAGACUAAAUUCUCGUCAACUCAUCAAACAACAUGGAAUCUUUGGUUGGAAGGUCGCACAUUAUCAGAUAUCAGUAGGUUUCGAAACCUAGCUGAAGGAACAGUCAUCAACCAUUUAUGUGAAGCUAUCAAGCAUGGAUUUCCGUUCGGUUGGAAAGAUCUUGCCCGUCUAAACGUCGAUAGGCCUUUGUAUGACUAUAUCAAAUCGAAGCUACCGCAGUCACUAGACAGUUGUAAACUAACGGAUAUCAAAUCAAACUGUCUACCACAUGUAACUUUCGAUCAGAUUAAGCUGGUUUUGAAUCACGUGCACGUUUGGAAGCAUCUCGAGGCACUGAACGUACGCUUGGUUGAUGCUAACGACAAUGAAGAAGUUCCUCCGCAAAAGAAAGAAAUUGCUCCGGCGAAAUCUCCCGAGGACGACCUCUGGGGCGAUGAAGACGAUGAGGACUUGAUCGCAGCGGAAAGCAGUUUUGCUGAGAUCGAUCGAAUCUGCGAGGAAGCAAAUACAAGUCAGGUAGACAACCGCAAAUCGACAGCUAUGGGUAGUAACGAAACAGACGACGAUGAUGAGGGCUUCGAUAUGGAUGAGAUUGCCGCUUUAGAACAAGCCGUCAUCAACAGUACGGAUAAAUCUAUUUUAGAAGCGCCAAAGUCAUCUGCCUCGAAUGUAGCAAAUAAUCCGUUGCAGAAGUUUGCUCCAAAAACAAAAGCAAAGGGCGUCAUCUAUGAUGACGAUGAUGGCGAAACAGACAUGCAAGCGAUAGGCCCAAGUCCAGCUAAGCAGCCAAAAGUGGAACCGGAGCCGGUUAAGAAUAUUUUCCGAUUUAAGACUGCCAGCGCAUCUUCGACUUCAACUUCAAGUGUCGGCAGAGUAAGCAACAAGCGAAUAAUCUACGAGGACAGCGACGACGACGACGACGACGAUGACGCAGUACAAAAAAGCGCCCUAACUCUACCGAGAAGGAAAAUUUGAAUACCACAAUACGCACUGA